UUUUCCUCCUGAAGUUAGUUCCGUGUUUCUCGCACUGGUCACAGUUCACGUACGUGACAUCUUCGAGGAAACAUCGCCAUCACACACUCAGCUGCUGUCCUCAGAAACAUGAUGACCCCAACCCUUAACAUCCUUCUGAGUGUCGCUGCCAUCUACUUCGUUCAGCGUAUAACCGCAAUUCCAUGUCCCCAAGUGGCUAUCUGGGAGUCACAUUAUUCUAUGGUUGGAUACCAUAAGAAUCUAUCUGGAUUUGUAUGGGUUCAUCCCAGAGACAACCAAUUUGUCGUGACAUGCAACCCCGUCUGUAGUGGAACUUCAACCUACAGCGCUACUUACAAUGAAACACAGUCUACCCUGACUAUUGACAGAAUCUCAGUGUAUGAUUCCGGGUUUUGGCGGAUCAAAGACGCAAAUGUAAACAUAUAUACUGAUAUAUGUAAUCUGACGACAGCAAAUCUGCCUACUUGCAACAUUAGCAGUGAUCUGGAUCCACUUUCCCUGGAACUCGGGACAGACCUCUCUAUAACAGUGAACAUCAAGAACUACUCCUGUUCGGACCAAGCCGGGUUUGACCUUACCACUGGUGACGUCACCGAGACGUUGCUGCGAAAUGAUAAAGCUGCACUCAACACAAAUGAGGUCCUAUACAGCACCGUGAACGUUACAUUGACACGGCUCGGGGACGUCCGGCUCAACUUCACCUGCCUCGACACCAGCUGGGAGCUUGACUGUGGUGGAGUAAGACAGUUGUUAAAGAGCCCGCCAUCAUGCAACAUCAGCAGCGAUGUAGAAACGGACGACCUUGACCUUGGUACAGAGGUGACCCUCUCAGUGGAUAUCAGGAACUACUACUGCUCCAACCAGGCGGAGUUCAACCUCACCACCGGCAGCGCCAAGGAGGUGCUGCUAGCUAGGCAUGGCGUGGAGGACAUUUCAAGCGCCUUCCCAAACACAACUUUCAACGCCACAGAUGAGAGAUUCGGAAAAGUUCUUGUCAAGUUUUCCUGUGAUAACUACAACGAGGACCUGAUCUGUGGCGGCGUCAAGGAACUUGUUAAAAAUACAUCCAGCCUAACCGACACAACCACAACAGCUGGAAGCCCUGCCCAAGACCCUGAUGUUCCUGUAGCCCUCAUUGCUGGUGUCUGUGCUGGUGUGCUUGUGCUGGUCGUCAUCGUGGUCGUCGUUGUACUGAACCGCCGGAAAAUCACAGCUGUUGCCAGAAAGUACAUAGUCACCCGAAAGACACAACAUAGUCAGUUUGAGGACGGACUGGAGAGCUCCACAAGUGAACCAACCCUUGACAUAAAAGAUAAUGUGGCUUUCGAUGAAAUCAAGCUAGACAAUGUUGAAAAGGUUGCAGACAGCGAACAUGAAUGAUGACACAUAACGUUCCCAUAUUCUUAUAACAAGGGUCUUCAGCAACCCAUGCUUGCCUUAAAGGACGACAAUGCUUGUCGUAAGAGGCGACUAACGGGAUCGGGUGGUCAGGCUCGCUGACUUGGUCGAUACAUGUCAUAUCGAUCCCAUACUGCGUGGAUCGAUGCUCAUGAUGUCAAUCACUGGAUUAUCUGGUCCAGACUCGAUUAUUUACAGACCGCCGUCAUAUAGCUGGAAUAUUGCUGAGUUCGGCUUUAAACAACAACUAACCUAACCUAACCUAUAAUACGGGAGAAAUUGUCAGUUUGUAUUUUUGUUAGUUUGAGAGAGAGAAAGAAAGAGAGAGAUAGAUAGAGAGAGAGAGAGAGAUAGAUAGAGAUAGAGA